AUGCCUCCUCCUCUUUGGUCAGCUCAUGUCAUGUCUGCUUGGUCCAGCCGGGUCGCAUUAAUACCAAUUACCAAUUAUUACAAUAAACUAGCAGCCUUGGAGGACUUAGACAUAACUGUUUCGGUUUCGACGAACGUAAAAUGGGUGCUGACAAUUGCAUCAAGUAAUUGUAAUAGCUUUUAAUGUUAGUGAAAUAUGGUGACUGUGAACGUUACUGCAUUUUAUUGAUCGGACCUUCGGAUAUUAUGUAGACAGUGUGUAGUGGUGGUCCCAAAAUGAGGUUCCAUAGACGUUGUGGUGAUCGAGUGACGCUUUUGCACGACAAUACUACUGCUAUUAGAAAUUUUGUCGAGUUCAACCAUGGACUGAUAUUAAGCGCUGAACCAAUAGCAGAUGAUAUUUUAUUUGAAAUCUGCAUUGAAAGAAAGGUAAAUGUGUGGAAUGGCAGCUUGGAAAUUGGCGUUACCACCUUGGAUCCUGAAUAUAUGGAACUGCCCGCGACGGCCACCAAACUUCGGAAUACAGCCUGGAUAAUGUCUGGAAGUUCAAUAGUCAAAGAUGGAGUUACUUUAAUAAAUUCUUAUGGGCCAGAGUUGGAUACUCUUCAUGAAGGUGAUACCCUUGGAGUAAUGAGAACAUGCAAGGGAGAGUUGAUGUUCUUCAUAAAUGGGAGAUGCUUGGGUACAGCGGCAAGGGAGUUGCCUUCAAGACUUUUUGCUGUAAUUGACCUUUACGGUCAAUGUGUGCAGGUGUCUGUCAUUCAAACAAAUGGUGUGCAAACUAUUAUGGAAAGCAGUUUGGAUCAAAUAGAGGAAGACCCUAACAAUGAUGACACAUUGACAUCAAGUGAAGAUGUAGCUCCUGAACCAUCUCAGCCUAAAGAUGACUUAGAUAUUUUUGUAUCUAUGCCUGAAGAUGACGCCUGUGCUAUUGUGGCCCAUGAUCGUUUACGGUUUCAUCCAAGAUGCGGCAUUCUUGUCAAACUGUCUGCUAAUAACAAGUGUGCAGAAAGAGCUCGACCAUUGGAUGACUACAACAAUGGGGUAGUAAUGACUCACAGGCCGCUUUAUGACAAUGAGCUUUUUGAGAUCCGAAUUGAUAGACUUGUGGACAAAUGGAGUGGUAGCAUUGAGGUUGGUGUAACUACUCAUAACCCAGCAACUAUGAGAUUUCCAUCUACUAUGACAAAUAUGGACACUGGUACUAUAAUGUUGUCUGGAUGCAAAGUACUCUUGAAUGGGCAUGGCACAUGUAUGGAGUAUGGUAACUUUAACCUGGAUGAAUUAAGGGAGGGUGAUACCAUAGGCAUGAUAAGGAACUCCAAUGGUACACUUCACUACUUCAUUAAUGGUAUUGACCAAGGUGUGGCUACUGACAAGGUGGAACAACAAGUAUGGGGUGUGGUCGAUCUAUACGGGAUGACUGUAAAGGUAUCUAUUGUGGAUCUCAAUGAUGAAAUUGAUAACAACAUUGAGAAUCUACCCUCCGUAUCCACUGCACCUGUACUCGAUCUGCCUGCAUCAAGCAGGUUUAGACCGAGGAUAGAUGAAGAUAGCCUUUUAUUUCAUACGCUGCGUGAUUCGUAUGUUAUUAUUAUUAACGAUGGUAAGACUGCUCAUAGGCCUAAUGCUUUCGAAUACUUCGACAACGGCGUAGUGAUGACGAACCGAACGCUGCGUACUAACGAGUUGUUCCAAGUGCGACUCGAUCUGGUCAUCCCCAAAUGGGCUGGAAGCAUUGAAAUAGGAGUCACGCAGCACACAUCAAAUGAUAUCAAAUUGCCAUUCAAAUUGAGCACUUCACUAUCAGGCACUUGGCUUAUGUCUGGUGAGGACGUAAUAAGAGAUGCGACGAUAAUUAUACCACAGUAUGUCAGAGAUCUCACUAGAUUAGUGGAAGGCGAUACUGUCGGGGUGAUGAGGAAGGAUAUGGGAAUCCUACACUUCUUUGUUAAUGGAGUAGAUCAAGGUCCAGCGGCAUUCAAUAUUCCGGAGCAUGUGUUUGGAAUUAUUGAUUUGUACGGACGUGUGGCACAAGCUACGAUAGUGAACGCGUACUUUCCACCGCCUGCCUAUUCUCCAGAAUCACCACUUUCCACUGAAUCGAACACUACAAUUUAUCCUGAAAUGUGCUUCCACCGGGUGCACGGGCGCAACGCGAGGCUGAGCCGCACGCGGCUGACGGCGUCGCGGUCGGCGGUGUACUCCGAGUUCAACGACGCGGUGCUCUUCAGUUCGCGGCCGCUGCGGGAGUGCGACAUGUUCGAGCUACGGAUCGACUGUAUGGUGGACUGCUGGAUCGGCAGCUUGGAAAUUGGUGUAACCGCCAUUCGUCCCGAUGAUCUCGAGGCAAAUGGCUUGGCAGGCACGGCGACUGAUCUUAACUGGGACACGUACAUCUUAAGUGGCGCCGCCAUGAUGAAAGAUGGCGAAUGCGUCCGUAGCGGAUAUCCGCUGGACCUUGACACGCUCACAGUUGGAAGCAGAGUUGGGAUGAUGUGGCACGCAGAUCGUAGCCUCCAUUAUUAUCUCGAUGGGAUGGACAUGGGCAAGGCGUGGUAUGUCCCGCACCUGAACAUAUAUGCAGUUGUAGACCUAUAUGGGCAGUGCACUCAGGUAACAAUUAUGCAGAAUGAAGAACGAGCCUUCAACUACAACGGCUGCACUAACUCGGAUAACUCCUUGUUAAGUAAUUCAAGAGCUUUGGCUUCGCCUCCACCACCGUACUGGAGCUUCUCUGAAUACUGUGGUGAUAAUAUGUGCUUAAUGCAUGACUAUUCCAUCGCGCGGCGUCUCAGGCCGGACCCGUUGGCUGCGUUGUGCUUCAGUUCCGCACACCUUGCGAUAGGCGAAAUAUUUGAGAUAAAAAUCGUCGAAUGCAAAUACGGGUAUGCAGGCAGUUUUCGCAUGGGGGUGACCGAUAUAAACAUUUUGAAUGCUCAUGUCAAUCGAAGCUUACCGCCCUCGGUCGCCUGCUUACCACACUACACGGCUUACAUCGACGGUAAAUAUAUGCGCUACUCCAAACCGGGCACAAGGCAACAAGAUCUGAAAGUGGUGGUGCCAUCGUUCGAGUGGUUGCGGCCGGGCGACAGAGUUGGCCUCAAAAAGACCACAGACAACAGAGUGCUGGUUUACUACAACUGUGAAUUGCUGGAUAUAGCUUUCGAAAGGGUGCCAGAUAAAGUGUACGUCGUUAUGGAGAUCUUCGGUGCUGUUUACAAGAUUCAAUCGGUCAAUCGGGGGAACCCUGUUACGAUCUUGCCACAAACCAUACCCAACGACGUAAUACAGAAGGUGGAAGUAGAAGAGGUGAUACGUGAGGUGCCGGUAACGGUCGACGUGGCCGAGAUGAGCAGUUCGCUGGUAGCUGCCGUCGCUGUGGUUGAGCCUCGUCGGAGACGCGCCGCGCUUCCAUACACCUUCCACUACAUACAUGGAGGAAACAUCAAGCUCUGCAGCUCAGACACUGUGGCGAUGCGCACUUCGGGCUAUCAAGACGCAGUCGCCAUAGUCAGUCAGCCGCUACGACGAGGUCACAGGUUUCGGUUUCGCGUGGACAAAUUGGACGACAGCUGGGAAGGCAGUCUGUCCAUCGGUGGAGUGCCGUGUCUGCCCACAGACAGCGUUCCUGACUGCGCCAUGCGGCUUGACCCACCCGCUUGGAUUAUUUCCAGUGAUUUGCAGUUUAAUGGCACUAAUCUGAUAACCCAUAUCGCGGCGGAACUAGAAGAGGUUUCGGAGCAGUCGGUGUUGACUCUUCAUUUCCGGUUCAACAGUGAACUGGUGGUGGAUAUUGAUGGUAACGUGCUAGGAGUCAUUGGCUCUGUACCUCGGACCUACAGUCAUGUAUAUCCCUUAGUAGAUCUUUACGGAAGAGUUUGCCAGGUCUCGGUGUUACUUCAUCCUUACACAGUUGUAACUGGUACAUCAUUGGACCUGCCUGUGAUAGCCGAAAAUCGCAGGGAGGAAGAGUCCUUAAUGGAAUUAAAUUUAGAAGACCACGAUGAUGAUCAGCAUCCAGUAGAGCGUGUUGACACAAGACUGCGUAAAUCCAAGGCUUACAGUCAAGACAAUCUGAUUGAAAAUUUUGAACCUCUCAUCCCUCAACCUGGCCCAAGUUCAGCGUCAAGACCAUUUGCAAAUGAAACGAGAAAUAGAGACAUCAAGAGUCAAACUCUGUGUCGCACUAUGCAUCACAGCUUGAUUCUCACGCAGCCUUCUUAUAACAGAGACACUGUGAUUCCGACAGUCCAACGAAGUCGUUCCACACAAGACUUUUGUCGCAUGUCCGACUCGUUUGUUGUCUCUGACAUGCUCCGACUGACCAACAGCGUUGGAUGCCAGGACGACACUCGAAUCCGAGACGAGUUUUGUGAUACUAACAUUCGGCACAACGAUCGUUAUCCGGAGGCCAACGAGGUGGACAAUAUAGACAAUGAAAUAAUCGCCGCGUUGGCAUUCGAAAUGGCAAAUUUGCCAGAUCUCACUGAGGAACAGUCUUCAUCCAUAGAUGAGUCGACGCGUCGUGAUGACUUGUGUUUGGAGCCAUUGACUGCGGAGAAUUUAAAUUAUCUAAAUCGGAUAUUGUGCCUGGAUCAAGAAGGUGGAGGUCAUAGUUUGGAGGCUGAGUGGGAGGCUUCUGGAGAAGGCUGCGAACAUUUGCAUCUAGUGUUGAAAUAUUGGAACUAUUUAGUGCUACCGUAUCCAGAGUUACGGCAGGCUGUGUCAUGGGGUCAAGUGAAGUGCUAUUGCAAUAAUUGUGAACCUGAAGCCCAAUCUCCUUUAGCGGGAUGGGUGCGUAUAGAGAGGAUCGACGGCGUGGGAGCGGCGGCGCGCGGAUUCUGGCAUAUAAUGCGGUCGACGCUGGUCGCGGCGCAGGCUGUCAGCGGAGAGAGCGGCGACGCGCGCAGGCCCCGCUCGAUGGCCUCGUCGCCUUCCAACUCUAUUUUAUUGGGUGAUAUUUGGUUAGAUGAAGAAGUCAAGCCACAUCAUACAAUUCUGGCGAUCGAGAUAGACAUUGAGGGCACCGAUGCAGAUAAAGACCGUCUCCUUGCCUUCUUAAUCUACAUGAAAUCAAAUGCAGUUUUUAUUGAAGAUGCUAUAAACAGUUUGGAUGAUUAAUUUAUUUAUAUUAUAUUUAGUAUUGGUCUUUUAUACUGCACUAAUCCAGUCAAAAUCCACUCACUAAUACAUAUUGUAUCAAAAAAUGUCCUAAAUAUUUCGACAAAAAGUUUUCUGAAACACAUGAUUUAUUAAAGUUUUCUAUGUCUUCUACUGUAUAUCGAGUGAUCGUUGAUUAAUUACUUUUAUUAAUGAAUACCUUAACAAGGGAAAUUAGAGGACUUUAAAUGGUAAACUUGUUCAGUCUAGUAUCUCACUGAACUUUAAUAAUUCAUCCUUGAAUAUUUAUAAAAUCUUCCUAAUAUUAAAAAUCUUAUAAGUCUGAUCUAAUCUGCUUCUAAGGUAAUCUAACCAGAAAAAUAAAUUACCUUUUAGCAAUAUGUGCUUAGUAAAGUUUUAGAAUGAGUGAGUUCGUUAUUUUCUCACAACAUGGCAAGGUUACAAGGUGCUCGCUAGUAUUUCCCAUAACUCUAGUGUUUAUAUUCGUUAUGGAAAAUUAAUUUAAAAUGUCUUAAGGAAAAUGUGUUCUAAAAUUAAUAUCUUCGGAGUAAAAAAUAUUUCUUUUGUAAAUAUAUCUUAAAUUAUGGCUAUUAAAUACAUCCUUAUAAUUAUGACGUGCCAAGUUUUACGUAUUUUAAAAUGGAAAAGGAUAGAUAAAGGAUAGCGGAUAGCCGAAAUUAUUGAAAACAUAAGAGUUUUUAGUAAAAAAAUACUAUUUAUGCAGUUCGACUUCAUAACUAGUAGCAGUGCACACCUUAAAGAAAUGGGAAAUACUCCCGAGUACCUUAUAUAUUAUUCUGGCCAGACUGUAUGUACUAUAUACAUAUAUUGUUUUUCUUUUUAUUCAAAGUUUUAAACAGUCUUAUUGGUUGUUAUUUUAUUAAUCAUGAUUAUUAAUUUGUCAGUAUUUCAAAUAUUGUUUUAUAUAUGGGAAUAUAAUUAUUUAGUCACCUCAGUAAAAUCUAAAAUUCCGUUGACGCUUUAAUGUACUCGUAUUUAGGGCUAAGUAAAUUAAAGGACUUCUUCAAAACUAACUAUUAUAGUCAUAUUAUGUACUCGUACUAGUAGUUUAUAUGAUAAAAUGACAGCCAUGCAUUUCUUUACAUUUAUAAUGCUUAUUUAGCAUUGACCUCUUAUAAUAAAGGGACGCACAAUCAUGUAGAAAAUUUCACUUCAAAACUCACCAAUUUUGUUUUGACAGUUAUAGAAUUAUUGGUAAAGAUAAUUAUACCUAAAGGUAAACAAUCCAGGUCCAAUAUUUAAUAAAAUUCCAAAUUCAGAGCAAAUUCAACCUUAAGGAUUGAGUUUAAGGUUGAAUUUGCAAAUGCGACUACUUGAAUUGAGUGCCAAGAAGUUGUGUUUGGCACUCAUUACUCGUCGUUUGGCACUGAUUGUGCAUCCACUUUUUAAUAGGAGAUCGAUGAUAUUUAGUAAGAUAUAGAAAUGAAACAUGUAUUGAAAUAUUUAUUAGGUGUUGGAUCUAGUGUGGUAUAAUUUAACUAUGGAGGAAUGUUAAAUUAAUUAUAUGUAACCUGUAGAGUAAUUAAUUGUGUUUAGACCUUAAACAAUACAUGAUAUUAUAUUAUGAUUGAUUAAAAGAAUUGUAAUUUUUGUCGAAUGUAAUGUAUAUUUAAACAAUAGUUAGUUCUUGGUACCUUGUUCUAGCCAUUUAGAUGAACAUUACAAGUCCAACUAACUGUGGGUUGAAUAGUUGACAAACAUUGGGAAAAUAUAGUUGGUGUAAUUUAAGUGAUAUUUAAUUUUGUUUUUAUAUUGUUUCAUACUGUAAAGUUAAACUAGAUCUAGAUCCGCUGGCCUAUUUACUAUUUUGGUCUUUAUUAUCAACAUACUAAAAUAAACAUCAAAUCAAUUGGCAAAAUGACAUUAACCUACUGUAUGAUAUCCACCAGUAGGCGCCGGAUGAAAUUUUUACUUAGAAUCUCAAUUUCGUAUAUGUCAACUAGCACACGUAAAAGAUAGUGAAUUAGCCCGCUGAUUUGCAUUUUGUUUUCAAGGUUUACACAACAUAAUACGUAAUUCAUUAUUAAGAUGAAAAAAAAAUGGAUUAACAGUUAUGGUACUAAAUAUUGCUGUAUUUUGGUAUGUUGAUUACUUCAUAAUAGUAAUACGUUAGUUAGUCAUGAAGUUAAGUCUAAAUGAGAGAUUCUCAUAAAUUAUUUUCCGAACCCAAUCUUCAGUCACAAUUCUAAAGUCCUUGUUAUAAGGCAAAUUUCACUUUUUAAACCAACCUUUGUUUUUAAACCAACCUUUGUUUUGUCUACACGUAAUCCACAUUUAAACUUCUCUUUGUAAUUUUCAAUUAUUAACCGACUUCAAAAUAAGGAGGAGGUUAUCAAUUCGUCUGAAUCUUUUUUUUGUUAGUUAUUUCAUAACUUUGUCAUUUAUUAACCAAUUUUAAAUGGUUUAAUUUUUUUUUGUUUGAACGAGUAUACAUACUUCCAGAUUUCCAAGUCCCAUUUUAUUAAACUUCACUUUUUUGUAAUAUUUCAAUUUUAUCUUUUCACGGAAGGCAAAAUUAAAAAAAAUCUCUUCGGUCGUUGCCUACGUUGUGAACAGGCGGGUUAGGGGCCUGUUCCAUUCCCAAUUCUUAUUUUAAUCAACCCUCUUUUAUCAAAUUUACAAGUAAGAUUUCUUAAUUCAUAGUUCAACCUUACUUCUUGAAAAUAAAUAUAAAAUAAUUGUUCUUGAAAAUAAAUAGAUCAUUAAUCUCACUAUUCAUUUUCUUCUCUUACCAUGCUGGCCCAAUGCGGAUUGGCAGACUUCACACACGCAGAGAAUUAAGAAAAUUCUCUGGUAUGCAGGUUUCCUCACGAUGUUUUCCUCCGCCGAUUGAGACACGUGAUAUUUAAUUUCUUUAAAUGCACACAACUGAAAAGUUGGAGAUGCAUGCCCCAGACCGGAUCCGAACCCACAUUCUCCGUAAUCGGAGGCAAAGGUCGUAUCCACUGAGCUAUCACGGCUCUCCAUUUCCAUUGAUUUUACGUUGGUGAUGAUGAUUGUGUUUUUCGAUUAGGCUUUGUUAGCAAUAUAAUGCUGUGAUUUAGUAUUAUGUUAUCCACAAAAGCUAGAAUAUAUGGCGCUUGCCUAGUUAUAGUGUUAAUUUAAUGUAUUUAUGUCUUUUAAUCUAACCUGCCAUAUCAAGAGAUAUAAGCAAUAUAUUAUUAUUGUAAAGUUAAAGGAGAUAUUCCUAAAUUGGAUGCAACCUAGACAUGGUUCUAAUGGAGAAAAAAAUAACAUAAACGAAUAAACUAUUGUUGAUUAUUAAUAUUUACGAAUAGCCAUUUAACAUUUAUCCAAUGAAUAUAAAUAUAUUUGUUUGUUCCAAGCAAACAAUCUCUAAUAUAGAUAAUAAUGGCAGAUUGAUAUACUCAAACAUGAUCAAAAAGCAGAUAUAAUCGUGUAAUAUCUAGAAACUUGCGAUUGCAUUUUUAUUUUUCAAUUAGUUUUUAAUUGCAUUUGUACACUUUUGAAUUAAAUCUCUGAUUUUAUACACUUUAGCAGUAUACAUAAAUGCCUGAAAUGGACUAUCUCCUUUAUUCUGCGUUUAUUGAUCUCAUGUUAGUUUACCAAUGUAGCAUAGGUUAGAGAUGUAGUGUACUAUUUAUUGUAGAUAGUAGCUGUUUCACAUGGCUUUUUAAAGCUCGAAUGUAUUUUAUAAAACGAACGAGGGUAGUUUUUUAAUGAAAACACGAAAUUUUAAAAACAAGUUUCACACCUUAUACAAUCUCAUAACAAUUGAAAAUUUGAGCAAGAAUUUUUGACACUAAAAUUCAAACUUACAAAUUCAAAAUGGCGCAUACUCAGCGCCUAUGUGUUUCAUAGCCCAUGUCACAAAACCAAAUUUUUAAUUGUUAAUUUAUAUGAUAGUAGAUAAAUUUAUUACUAUUUUAGUUGUAAGUUGAUGUACGAUAUAUACUCGUCUUUCUGAUUCUUUCUGUAACUAUAUUAUGAAUGUUUAAUCGUGAAAAUAUUAAACUGCAACCAAACCAACAAAAUGUAUGUAAACGCUUUAGAUAUUUUGUGUCUAGAUAGUAUUUUGAAUAAUAAUUUGUUUUAUUAUUACAUGUGGCAACUGUUUUAAUAUUAAAUAAUUGAGACCAUUAUUUUUAAUGGUUUUAAAAUGACUGUCUGAAUUAUGUAGAGAUGGAUAUUAGCUGAUUUUCCUAUUUAACAAGCGCAAUUGUAGGUCAUUUAGGAAUAUUACAUAUAUAUACUUCUACUAUCACAUGGACUUUAAAAUAAAUAAUAAUCGAAAUGCAUUAAUUUAUUAGCAAUUAAUUCGAGACCUUAUUAAUACUCCUUUGUAUAAUGAUGUAUGAGAAUUAAGAAACAGCUUUAUAUAAGUUUGGUGUUCACAUAUCUUUAUAAUAUAAUGAGAUAGUGCUUUUGAAAUUCUUAAAAAGUGAUUUACAAAUAUUACUGUAAUUGUUUACUGCUAUAAAAUAUGAUCCAGUUAAUUUAAACUUAACAAAAUAUGAGAAUUUGUUUUACAGUUAUUUUUAAAUUAAACUCAUGAAUCCUUUCUAUAGAGUGUAUUACAAUUAUUGCCUAUAUGAUUUUGUUUGUCAUUUUCACCGAGUAAUUUUUGUUUGUCUAUUUAUAUCAGUAUUAUUAUCCAUGGUAUGUAUAAUAAAUAAAUGCAUGUUUAACCUACCGGUAUCUGAUUUUUAUAACAAUCUAUGCCAUAACCAUUUAAAACAAUAAAACUAUUAUAUAGAU